CCGUCUCUGAGUGAUCCUGCAGCCUUGUGGUUUGCUGUGACGCUGGAGGGGUUGGUCUGGUGGAGCAUAAUGGAGCGUCCCAGCUGCUGAAAUGGGAGUGGGCGAGCUGGGAUAGGCUGGGAGUUUGGUUGGAGCCGUCAGCGCGUCGGGACAAGGCACAAGAAAAAGAGUGGGGAAAGCGAAGAAACCCGAGCGGCUGUUAACUUCUGAGCGGCUGAAUGUUGGACAGGAAAUCGUAGCUUUACGGAAAGCGGCGUUUGUGGCAAUCAGAGAGCACGGACCUGAUGACAAAGAAGCGUCGCGUCGGAAACUUUUUUUGUGAUCGCUCCUAAAAGCCCCAGCAGGGAAUUCUGUUUUCUUUUAACGGGAGUCGCAAAGAAGAGGACAGCAUGCCACGGCGCACAGUGCACGAAGUAACCGUGCAAGAUGUCCAGAAGAGAAGGAAUCCGAACAAACACUACGUUUACAUCAUCAAAGUGUCCUGGAGCGAUGGCAGCACAGAAAUCAUUUACAGACGCUACAGCAAGUUCUUUGACCUGCAGAUGGAGUUGCUGGAUAAGUUCCCAGUGGAAGGAGGCCAGAAAGACCCUAAGCGCAGGAUCAUUCCAUUCCUACCAGGGAAGAUUCUGUUCAGGAGGAGCCAUAUCAGAGAUGUUGCAAUGAAAAGGCUAAGGCCCAUCAAUGAAUACUGCAGGGCCCUCAUUCAACUGCCAGUUUACAUCUCCCAGUGCGAGGAGGUCAGAGUGUUUUUUGAGACCAGACCUGAAGACCUCAACCCGCCCAAGGAGGAACCUAUUGGAAAGAAGAAAUCAGGAGAUUCCACCUCAGCAGACCCUCUCCUCCUCGACCAGUACGUGGCAGUAACAGACUACGAAAAGCAGGAGAGCUCUGAGAUCAGCCUGCACGUGGGCCAGGUGGUGGAGGUCAUUGAGAAAAAUGAGUCGGGGUGGUGGUUUGUGAGCUCAGAAGAUGCCCAGGGCUGGGUUCCUGCUACCUGCCUGGAGGCACAGGAUGACCCUGAUGACUUCACCAUUCCAGGGGAAGAAGUGCCUCGGAGGUUCUGGUCACUGCCAAGGCACGUGGGUCGUCGCAGAACUUUAGGGGAUCUAUUCAGCACAGGCUUUGGGCAAGAAGAGAAGUAUUCAGUGAUUUACCCGUACUCUGCCAGGGACCAGGAUGAGAUUGACCUGGAGAGGGGCAUGAUUGUGGAGGUUAUUCAGAGGAAUUUGGAAGGCUGGUGGAAGAUAAGGUACCAGGGCCGUGAGGGCUGGGCCCCAGCCUCCUACCUGAAGAAGACCGACAUUCAAGGCCAGAAGCAGUCAGCAGGAGCGUCUGCUCAUGCCAGUACGAACGACCUAGACGGGUUUUCCAAACAAAACCAGCAAAACAACGCAGCUAAAGAGAACCGAGACAACAGUCAGAAAGAAAAUAGGCUCUCGUUUUUCUCUGACAACAACAAAAGCAAAGUAGGAUCAAGACACAGACCUCCUCCACGCAGAGAUCUUACCAUUCCACGUGGCACAAACCUACCCAAGCCACCCAUUCCUCCUCAGGUUGAGGAAGAAUUCUACACCAUCGCCGACUUUCAGACCACCAUCCCUGAUGGCAUUAGCUUCCAAGCUGGAAUCAAAGUCGAGGUGAUAGAGAAGAAUGCAAGUGGUUGGUGGUACAUCCAGAUAGAUGAAAAAGAAGGCUGGGCACCUGCCACCUUUAUAGACAAGUACAAGAAGACCAGUAAUGCUCUGCGACCCAAUUUCCUUGCCCCGCUGCCCAAUGAGAUGGAGAAGCUGAGGCUGGAAAAUGAUGGUUCAUCCAAUGUUUCAGAUGACAGCUGGUCUAAACCUUUACCAGAUGAGCCAACCACUGCUCCUGAGUCCUGUGCUCGACCUAAGCUGAGAGAUUGGAAGUCCAGCGCCAGCAAGGGGGCCUCUGCCUUCUCUGGGCCUUUGCCCCCAGCCCCAGCUGCCCCUCCUGUUGAGGAGAAACCAGCUCUGCCUCCUCGAAGAGAGUCCAUCAAUAAGAGCUUUGAAUUGGAAGUGGCAGAAAAACCAAGAUCUGAUAAUUCCAAGCCUUUGCCCCCAAAACCCCCAGCUCCUGGGGUCAUCAUGCCACUGGUCACACCCAAGGCAACCCCCUUCAAACCUGACAAACCUCCAGAGACCAAGAAAGAAGAUAAGAGUAAAGCUCUUCACCUUCGGAAUGAGAUGGGUCUUGAAUGUGGCCACAAGGUCUCUGCCAAAGAGGUGAAGAAGUUUAAUCUGAAACCUGUUCCGAAACAGCCACCAAAACCCAAGUCAGAGGUGCAGGAAGAGAAACUAGAGGCACCGAGCCCAGCAGUGUUGAUGAAGCCCAAGCCAGUGGUCAGACCUAAACCUGUGCCUGCUGCCAAGCCAGAUGCCCCAGCAGAGAACAAACUUGACAUUACCAACCUGAGAAGCAAGUUGAGGCCAUCAAAACCAGCAGAUCCCAGCUCUGCUUCAAUGGAGGUGAACCACCAGAAUGACAACUCAGCAGCAGUAAAUAGUUCUCACCCAAGUUCCCCCCCAAGCUCUCCUCCAAUUCAUAUCCCUACUCUCAAUAAUGGUAAGUACUCUGAUGAGCCAAAACUGCCCCCAAAACACAUGAAUGGUCAUAGCCAGGACAGCUCCUCACCACCUGCAAAACCAGCAGUUCCUCCCCACAAGGAACCUCCUCAGAGACCUCCUGCCAUGGCUCCAAGGAGACCUCCACCUCCAAAGAAAACCGACCCAUCAAGCCCAACCGAAACCAAACCUCCACCUGCUCUAAAAGAAACCCAGGACAUUCCCAAGGUUGGACCACCACCGCUCAGCAGACCCCCUCCCCCGAAACCCAAAGGGUUUGUUCAGCCACCUCCAAACAAAGAGAAAGAAGAGCCCAAAGCAAGUAAAGUCCCGAUUCCUCCCAAGCCCCAGUUGAAGAGUGAGAAGCCUGGACCGCCCAGGGACAAGCUUCCACCUUUACUCAAGGAGCCCAGUAGGGAUGAGCUGUAUCUAGCUGUCGCAGACUUUGAAGGGGAUGAGCAAACAUCCGGCUUCAAGGUGGGUACAGUGUUUGAGGUCCUGGAAAAAAACAGCAAUGGCUGGUGGUUCUGUAAAAAUGUAGGAGAAGAAGUCGAGGGCUGGAUCCCCUCGAAUUACCUGAGCAAGAAACCUUAAGUAGUGAACGUGCUCUCAAAUAUCCCCCAAAAAAGUAAACUACGGAUUUAAAUGAGGAAAAUGUCACUAUUUUCUUGCUACGUAGCAUUGUUUUAUUUAUAGGUACCUUUUUUUAUUGACACAUUUUGUUAUGUUUCAUUUUGAUAAAAAAUAUUCUACCUACCAACUGAACCAGCAAUAACACAUGACCGUGUUGGGUUUUGUGAUGUUUACCUAUUUUUGUUUUUAAUCUAGAUAUAUAUAUAUAUGAAAUCUUAGGUAAAAUGUUACUGUCUUUUGUUGCCAUAUGCUAGUCACCGUCUGUGUCAGUGGUGCCAUUACUCAGGCUAGACACUAGAAAAGCAGUAAAUGUAUCUACACCUUUGCCUUUUAUGAUAUAGUGCCUCAAUAUUAUAUGCAAAUUGCUUCAGUGCUUAAUAAACUGUACGCAACCGUAGACAUAGUCCUUGUUGGAAUCUUGAAAUCAUUUGACUAAAAAUCAAGAAUCAACAUCACAGGAGUAUAGACUAGAUGUUCAGAUCCUGCCAGUCGUUCCCAGCAGUAGACAAAACAAACACACCCCUUAGAUAGAAACUGCACAUGAACUCACUGGUGGAGUUCAUCGACUACAUCUGGGCUUUUCAAGUGCUUUUAGCCGAUAGUACAAGAUAUGUCUUUGUCAAGUAGAAGUGCUAUUUGUUAUACUAGAAAUAUGCAUAUUAGUUUUUUCCUGCUCUCGUAACGCUUUUUCUUCAAUGACUGCAGAAUUAAUGUUGCAGUCACUUGUAACAGAUGUGCACUUUCAGUCAAGUCAGUUGAGGUAAGUUUAAGGUUUGCACAUACUGAAGGAAAGGGGAAGAAUGCCGCAAUACAUUUUAAUUUUAUUGUUUUACAAGCCAAUUUUUUAGCCAUGUUGUUUUUUUAUCAUUAUAUCAAAAUAUCCACCUCAAUCCACAAUAUGUAAACUAUCCAAACUGAGAAUUCAAGUAGAAGCUCUACGUCUCUACAUAUUUUACCAUCAUAUUUACUUAUGUUAUCUCACACACUAAAUUCAUGUGUAAAAUGUGAAUUGCAGAGCACAUCUGACCAAACAAAUUGAAGCUCUACAGUGAUUUGUGCAAUGAUUUACAGAGUUGUAAGUGUACAGUCUGUUCUUAACCGAAGUUUGGUGCUCAAAUAACAACUAAGUAUGACCAUUGUAUAAAAAUAAUGUUUUACAAUAAUGCUUGACUGGUCUCAAGCAUGGUCAGUAUAGCAAAUUAUUUUAUUGUACAGUAAUGAGAGUCAUAUCUUUUGUCACUUUUCUUUAAUGGUCCAUCUUUUAGUUCUUUUUAUUUUUCUUUAUACUUCUUAAAAGGGUUAAAAGAUGAAAGGUUCAAGAAGGAAUUUGGUUGGUUGAGUUAUGGGAUUUGGUAAUUAAAGAAAAUAAAGAAUAUUUCUCUGGCUGUCAAGAGAUAAAUGAAAAGUAGGUCACUUAAGGAAGGUAUAGGAUUUUUUUCAUUCAGUGUUAGGUUUACAGAUUAAGUAAUAGUCCUAAAUAAAUGAUUAAAAAAUAGGUAUGUCUGUGGUUCUGGAUAUAAUUAGACAAGGCUACAAGCUGUAACACUGAUUCUGUUCUGCUUCUAGUUGCUGCAAUGUUACACCACCUUCCAGCCAUAUUUUAUACAGAAGAUGACAGUAUGUUACCAACUAGUGGGGAAAAUGAAUUUUCAAUGGCCCUAAAAUGGCAUUGUCUGGGUGAUUUUUAUGUGAUCAUGGACAGGAAGGUACAGGCAAAUGUUUGGUUUAAUGGUGUUGCAGUUUCAGUAUUGUAAACUAUUUACUUUUUUGCUAUGUAUUUUUCAUUACAAUGAGUCUGCUUUUUGCUUUAAGUCAAUAAAAGUUUCUGAUUUUUCACUUCA